UUUUAACCAAUCAGCGACGGCGAAUUUGUCGAAGAGUACGCCGACUUGCAGCGAAGCCGAGCCCCCAUUGACGCAAAUUCUCUACCGCCUGCCAUGAUGCUCUCGUCCCCGCGCUCCGUGAGCGACGUCUCGAUCGUCGACGAAGAAGACUACGACGGGCUCUCGUCCGACUGCUUCUCCGAGACGGGCUCGGAAGGCCCGAUCGGGCCGCUCGUGGACCUCGCGCCGCUCGGCGCGCCCUCGAUGCACGAGCGCAAGGAAAUCCUCAAGCAGUAUGGCCGCGUCAACAUCGCCCGCGAGCGCAUGAUUGCCGCGCACUUGAUUGGGUCUGCGCAGCGCCAAAUGGUACCGCCGUACUUGGCGUCCAAGCCGCCGCCGAUCGGCCGCCGGACGCAGAACCGGUACUUUAACGACCACCACUUUGGCAACCGCGCUGCCACCGCGUCGCUGGACGAGCUCAUGGAGCACAUGGCGAUUUCGGUCGAAUGGAAGAGCAACUUUCAAAAGUUGGCGCAGCCCGAGAACGAAGCAAUUGCGGAUGCAUUCCGGUCCGUCAAGGAGCCGGCCCACGCGCGCUCCAACAGCAACCAAAACCAAACGCACCGCGCGCGCCGCCAGGACGCCUGGCGCGAGGCCGACGACAUGUUUACGCGCAUUGAUCGCCGCGCGCGCUCGGUCCUCGCAGCGUCGUUUGACGCGAUGCACAUCUACAUCCAGGCGAUUGAAGACGUUGUUGUGCACUUUGUCAAGUGGAACGAAGUCGUGUCGACGGUCGAGCUGGACCCGGUCCUCGCCAACAUGCUCUCGGGCCCGAUGCGCGUCAUUGAGACGACGCCGCUCGUGCGCGAGACCAAGGCCGGCGGCUCGCGGACGCGCCCUGCCAAGCACAAGGACACGGUGCUCGUCUUGCCGCUUCUCGAGUCGUCGUACCACCGCUUGCUCAUCCACGCCGUGUGCCAGUUUUACGGCCUCGACUCCAAGAGCCACUUUGACAAGACGGCCAAAGCCAAGAUCAUGCGAAUUCGCCGGCCGACGCGCCGACAGCACCAUGCGGGCAUCGCCGUCUCGCUCUGCGCGUUCCUCUUCCACACGUUGUACGACCACGUGCCCGAAGACGACGUCGACGCGGCCGCCGUCGUUGAAGAAGAAGGCGCAAGCAACCAAGACGAGGCGCCUCUCGACGACAACCAGAGCGACUGCAGCGACGAUAGCUACUGCGUCGUGGCCGCCGACGACGCGCUCGAGGCCGUCGCGCACGCAUGAGAGGCCCAUGUCCUGUAUAUUACGUGUGCAGCGUACGACAACAAAAGAUUGAGCGCAUUUAUGAGGUGUUCUCUUACUCUUACGUAAAUACAUAUACUGUAGCACUCAA